AUGCCCAACCCAACGGGAACCAAGGAUGCGUCGCAGUCUGUCAACAAGACUGACAAGCGCAUAGAAGCAGCGUUGGGUGCGCAGUCAUCUUGCACUCCCUUCCUCCUUCCCCGCUCGUACAUCAAGCUGACAUUGACUCUUCCAUCACCAGACUUUGUUCGCGGUCUCUACAAAAUCCUCUCGAGUAACCCAAGCGAUGCGCCGGCAACAGACCAGCUGGUCGACCAAAUCAACCAACAUGGCAAGAAACUUCACACUUAUACCCACAAGCCUGUCGCUGGGGUCCCUCGUGACCCCGAGGUAGACCAGCAGGGUACCCGCCUCUGGAAUAUUUGUACUCGACUGCGCCGUGAAUGCGAUCCGACAAACAAGAGACUGAAGAGGCUUUAUUUGUAUGGACGAGUACUAGCUUUCCAUCUCCUCGUGGUCGCAAACCCAAGGGAGACGCGGAAGGCACAAGACCUGAUUUACGUGGUGAAACUGGCGCUCAAGGCAGCGCGAGACUGUGUUGAAAGCUCGGAAUUUGAACUAGCGACAGAAGUACUUCAAAAGGCUGCCGACUACAAGAGCUCUCUUCAGGAUCUUGCAUCAGCACUUCCAAAAGAGGAGGUGGAUGAGUACAACUGCUUGGAAGUGGAAUACUUUAUUACAAGAACAGCUCUGUCAUGGGCGGAUAACCAUAUUGAUGUUGCCGAACACAUGUACACAAAAUCAGAACGUCUUCGCCAACAUCUAACGCCCGACUACGCCGAAAGGCUUUCCGAUGUCCUUUACGGAAUUGGGAAGUCGCUCGCCUCUCGCAACGACUUCCCUACCGCCACAAAAUGGUUACAACGAGCAAACGAAGUCAUUAACACCCCAAAUCUCGAACAUCUUUCUCGUGAAGGACUCGAGCUCCGACUGGCCAUAUUACAAGCACUCGUGAGCGCCCUUCUAGCCACAGGUAUUUCAACCGAUCUCGAUAAGGCCACACAGCUUGUCGACUACAUUGAGUCAGAGGUGGGCAACAGGCCAGUAGUGUCACUUCUCAAGCUCGAGGUGCUACGGAAAACACCCGCGGAAAUAUUUGACGACGACGCAUACGGUGGCGUCUUGCGACGACUGAUCAAGGACUUCAACUCCUCCGACGCCGGGUUUAGGUUGAUCAUACAUCACAUAAGGAAACUACAUGACAAAAGUCCCGGUGCUGCUUGUGCGGUAUUAGACGAAUUCAUCCUUUCGUUACGAGGUGUUAACGAUAAUAGUUGGAUGGAAAAGUCGGUUAUCACCCUCGUAUAUGCUCUUGAGCGUCAGGGGAACGAUCCCAAAACCCCCAAGCUCUUCACGGUCGACGAACUCGAAUGGUUCAGCCGGAACGCCUACAACCUCGCCCUGAAACACACCACAACCUGGGACCUCCGGUGCGUAAUCUGCCUACUAACUGCCUGCGUCAACAUCAUUAACCACUUCCCCGCCGACGUGGGAUCUCAAGUCGAAGUCACCCUCAAGGCCCUCUUCUCCCGGUUCAUCAUCGCUUCAGCCCUCACCUCGCUCGCCAGAACCCUGGACAAUGUCAAGGAGCAACUCGAAGACUACCAACUCAUGCGAAAACAUGUCCAGGCUUUCGACAGUCAGGUUCCUGAGUACCUGCCACGCCUGGACGAGCAGUCGCGAGCGGAUAUGGUACGGAAGCAUGCGACGUUGCUAACAUUUGAUUUUGAAGCAGCGAUUGCGCUGGGCCAGUGGGAUGAUCUGGGAGGGAUCGUGCAGAGGGCGGUGCCGUGUAAGAGUGCGGUUGCAUAUCAGACCAUGGCGGAUAGUCUUUUGAGGGCACAGGUGCCUGGGCAAGUCCUCUACUCAACCAUGCGAAAGAUCGUUAACGAAAUCUGGGAUCUGGAAAGCUUUGACGCUGUCAAGCUGGCCAAGUACACAAGGUGUCUGUUCCAGGCGACACUUCCGCUGGAUGAUACUCUGGCUAUGAAGCUGCUUCAGGAAGCUUGUGGCAAGGCGAGGGAGUUACACGAGAGCGAUGCCCGCUGGCCAGAAGAGGAGCUGGAGUGGAUGGCAGCUACGGCGUUCAAUCAUGCUAUAGACCUAUACGGUGCUUACGAGCGAGAUCGAGCAAAGGAGUGGGCAUCUAGUGCUCUGAAUUUGGCACAUUAUUGUCCAGAUGGAGGCUUUGAGAGGAUGUUGCAGGACAAGUUUAUAAGGUUGAAUUUCGAGGACGACGGGAGGAAUAGGGAGAGAUGA